CACCGAGAGGGGCGGGACGCGGCUCAGAGCUGCUCGGUGCUCGGGCGUCUCUGGUGUCUUCCGAGUCUUCGCUGGGUGACCGCGUUUGCUUUAAGAGAGGAGGCGGUGCUCUGCCCGGAGGAGGCGGAGAAAUCCAAUGCCUUCCCCCGGAUCUCCGGCUUCCGUAACCGGGCUGACUGGUUACUAGUGCAGAGCAUCCCAGGCCCCAAUCUUUCCUGGACAGCUGGACCCUCUCCCUGCGAGGUGAGGGCGUCAGGGCUUCUGGGCAAGUUGGGGAAUCUCCUUCUUGCUCCGGCCUCUGCUGCUCAGGCUUUCCCCCAACUAAACCCUGUCGGUGCUUCCCCGGGUCUCUGACUGCAGGGUCGCUAACAGUCAAGUGCUACUAAUUGCCUGGUUCUUCGCUAAGCGCCUUACACGCACAACCUUAUAGAAUGGUCUAGACACCAUCAUGAGCCCAUUUUACAGAUGAGGAGGCCUCGAGGAGAGCACACACAGCAGAGAAGCAGCAGAUUCGGGACUCAAACCCAGACCCCGAAACAUUUGCUUCCUCACUCUUGGGAGAAGAGCCUCUGGCUGAAUGGCAGCUGUAGAUGACUUGCGCUUUGAAGAAUUUGGUGAUGGAGCCACACUGUUAGCAGCAAACCCAGAUGCCACCACGAUAAACAUCGAGGACCCCAGUGUAUCUUUCAAACACCAACCCAGACCCCCCGGGAGCUUGGGGAGAGAAGAGGAUGAGGAGCUGCUGGGGAACAAUGACUCUGACGAGACGGAGCUCCUUGCCGGUCAGAAGAAAAGCUCUCCCUUCUGGACAUUUGAAUACUAUCAGACAUUCUUUGAUGUGGACACUUACCAGGUCUUUGACAGAAUAAAAGGGUCUCUGCUGCCGGUCCCUGGAAAGAACUUUGUGAGGCUGUACGUCCGCAGCAAUCCAGAUCUCUACGGCCCCUUUUGGAUAUGUGCCACGUUGGUCUUUGCCAUAGCAAUUAGUGGGAACCUUUCUAACUUCUUAAUCCAUCUGGGAGAGAAGACAUACCAUUAUGUGCCCGAAUUCCAGAAAGUGUCCAUCGCAGCGACUGUCAUCUAUGCCUAUGCCUGGCUGGUUCCUCUGGCUCUCUGGGGCUUCCUCUUGUGGAGAAACAGCAAAGUGAUGAGCAUCGUUUCCUAUUCGUUUCUGGAGAUCGUGUGUGUCUACGGCUACUCGCUCUUCAUCUAUAUCCCCACAGCAGUACUGUGGAUCAUUCCCCAGAGAGUUGUUCGUUGGGUCCUUGUCAUGAUUGCCCUGAGCAUCUCAGGGUCUGUGUUGGCAAUGACAUUUUGGCCAGCUGUUCGUGAGGAUAACCGGCGUGUCGCGUUGGCCACCAUUGUGACAAUCUUGUUGCUUCAUGUGCUGCUCUCUGUGGGCUGUUUGGCUUAUUUCUUUGACCCUCCAGAGAUGGACCAUCUCCCAGCAGCUAUAACCACUCCCAACCAGACAGUAGCAGCGGCCAAAUCCAGCUGAUGGGGAAAGCAGGUGGUGAAAGCAUUUCAUCUUGCGUGCUCUCUAACCUUUGGGGAGGUGUGGCUCUUCUGGACACAGCAUCAACUACUGGAAAACAGAAUGGCCAGCAUCAGCAGGAAACUGAUUGUCUUCACACUGAAGCCUCAUCAUCCAUUAACAAGAAUUAAGAGUUGGUCUGGGGUGUCAGGCACCUGGUAGAACACUUGCCUCGCAUGUGUGGGGCCCUGAGAGCCCAGUCCUGAAAGUAAAGUGCAGUGAGGGUGCUUAGCGUGUAUGUUCGUUCUUUCUUCCUGCAUACUGACCAUUACUGUGACUAAAACCGACUGGGGAGGAAAGGUGAGGGUGGGGCAGGCAAGGGGAGGGCUUAGGUGAGGGUCGCUGAAUCUAGGAGUUGGAGGCCAGUCCGGGCAGCAUCAGUCUGAGCAGCAUGGUAAGACCUGGAUGCCCAGUUCAUCUGCUAACCCCAUAACAAUGUAUACACAGGACACACUUCAUACCUGGGGAAACCCUCACAGAAAUAAACACUUAGACAUAAUCUUAUAAGA